CUUGUGAAGUCAACAGCUUCUUUUGUUUCUUUAUUCACAAACAAUCCCUUCCUUUUUAUCAAUCCAACCUCCUCCUUAUUUUCCAUUUACUUACACAGAUUAUAUAUAUAUGGAGCACUUACUUCCUGCAAAGAAUGAUGAUCAUGGAGGUGUGGUUGUUGACCUCCACGCACACGAUCGUAUGGACUCUGACACUUUUCGCAAUCGCCUUCAAUCUUCAAUGUCAUACUGGACUCUACAGGGAAAGAAGGGCAUUUGGAUCAAACUGCCAAUCCGUCUUGUAAAUCUUGUCGAAGCUGCAGUGAAGGAGGGUUUUUGCUAUCACCAUGCUGAACCUGAUUACCUCAUGCUCGUUAAAUGGAUUCCUGAAUCAACAAAUACCCUCCCUGCAAAUGCCUCACAUAGAGUCGGUAUCGGCGCUAUUGUCUUGAAUGAUAAACGAGAGAUGCUCGUUGUCCAGGAGAAGAAUGGAAUAUUGCGGGGAAAAGGUAUAUGGAAGAUCCCUACUGGAAUUGUUGAAGAGGGGGAGGAUAUUUCUGCAGGGGCUAUUAGAGAAGUCAAAGAAGAGACAGGAAUAGAUACAGAGUUUGUUGAAGUACUUGCAUUCAGGCAAUGGCACAAGGCAUUCUUUGGGAAGUCAGAUCUAUUCUUUGUUUGCAUGAUGCGGCCACUAUCGUUUGACAUCCAAAUUCAAGAGCUAGAAAUUGAGGCUGCCCAGUGGAUGCCAUUGGAGGAGUUUGCAGCUCAACCCUCUGCUCAGAAACAAAGCCUAAUGAGGUACAUAGCUGAGUUGUGCAUAGCAAAGGCAGAAAGGAAUUAUUCUGGUUUUUCUCCACACCCAGUAACAUCAUUUUUCAACGAUAGGCCAAGUUACAUGUAUUUCAACAAGCGAGAUCUGAACUAAAGAAAUAUACAAAAAACAAUCCUACAGAUCUGGUGUUUACACUUAUUGUCUAUAGUGACAUUUUUUGCCUGUAUAAUCAAUUUUUUGGGUACUUCAUCUAUUUACAUUUAUUGUCUGUAGUGACAUUUAAACUUAAGAGUCCAUAUGAAGAUAUAUACUCCUUUCUUAUGUAUCUGUUAGUGAAUACAUUUAAUGCUAAUUAUCAAACUAUUGGUUUUCUUUUAAA